CACUCGUGUUCAGACGACAGCAUCAAGGGUGGAAGUGAGAAAGGCUGUUGAUAUCGCGAAUGCCAUCAUGUGCUCCGGGAGCCUGAUUGGGAGCGAGCUGGCACCCAGAUUGGCGGCAUCCAAGAGUGAAGUUGUUACUACCAGUCCUCCUCCUUUCACACCUGCACUUCACUAUGCAAGACGAUGAAUGUUACACCUAAUAUAUCCUUUCACCAUACCGUUUCUAAGAUGCAAUCAUUCUCAGUCCUCAGCAAAAGAAAGGAUCACUCUCCCACAAACAACAUUCAAAUCAUCCAUAAACGACACCCGCUCUAGUUCGACUGCACUCCUUAAACAUCCAAAACCCUUAUCAAACAUGCCGCUCUCGCAGAAGCAAAUGGAGUAUCUAGGCCUCGCUUGGCAGUGUUUUGACAACGAGCCCAAGAUCGACUACGAGAAAUUCUACCGCAUUGCCGGGCUCGCCUCCGCCAACUCCGCCCGCGAGCUCAUGCGCGUCACCAAGAAGAAGUUGAAGGAGGAGUACGGCGCUCUGAGCGGCAGCGUGCAAAACGCCAGCGGUGCCAACGGCGGCACACCAAAGAGAGCCACCCCAGCCAAGAAGACUCCGUUGGUGAAGCAAAGCAAGAAAGUCAAAGGGGACGACGAGGCCGAUGACGAGGAAGGCGGGAGUGCGUACGAGGAUCAUUCUUCCGCUUCCAAGAUCGCCAGGAAGCGCAAAGCGACUCCCGCUGUGAGGACGAAGACUGCGGCGCUGGUUCAGGAAGAGGAGGAGGUGGUGUCGGAGGUGGAUGAUGAGACACCGGUUAUGAAGAAGAUGCGCGCGAACGAGAUCAAGCCUGAGCCCGAGGAUGACUUCGACGGUGAUUUUCAGUAAGCUGAGCGGCGUCCAACUUUGUGCAGUCGUGCCGACUUUCGACGGCCCAGCUGGGUAGCACAAUCCUCUGAUGGGUAGGAAGCUGGUGGUUGCUGCUUUGA